AUGGAGGCUCCGGAACCCACCUGCCCUGCCCCACCUGCCAGGGACCAGCAGGCUCCUGCGCCUGGUCCCCCAGGGGCCCCGGGGGGGCAGGCCUCGCCGCGCCUGACCCUGGGCCCCGUCCUCCUGCCGCCAGAGCACAGCCUGGCUCCCACCGUGUUCCUGAAGGCGCUGCCCAUCCCCUUGUACCACACCGUGCCUCCCGGGGGCCUGCAGCCGCGCGCCCCGCUGGUGACCGGCAGCCUGGACGGGGGCGGGGUGCCCUUCCUCCUCAGCCCCCUGCUGCAGCCCGAAGGGCCCAGUGUGGCCCAGGUGGGGAAGCCCACAGCCUCCACGCUGACCGUGAGCCUCGUGGGCGCCCUGCCUGUGCUGUCGCCGGGGCCGGGGCCCACGCUGGGCAGCCCGGGCAAGGUGCGGAAUGCCAGCAAAUACCUGUGCCCGCACUGCGGCCGCGACUGCCUGAAGCCCAGCGUUCUGGAGAAGCACAUCCGGUCCCACACCGGCGAGAGGCCCUUCCCUUGUGCGGCCUGCGGCAUCGCCUUUAAGACCCAGAGCAACCUCUACAAGCACAGGCGGACACAAACCCACCUCAACAACUCCCGGCUGUCCUCGGAGUCCGAGGGGGCGGGGGCCGGCCUCCUGCAAGAGGCCGACAAGGCCGGAGAGACCUCCAGGGCAGGGACAGGAGAGGCGGCCUCAGAGAGACUCUCCCUGGGAGCCCGGCUGCCCCUCGGGGCCAAGGACCUCGAAGCGGUUUCCCGUCCAGGGUCCACCCCCGCCGACAGGGAGGUCCCUCCGGACUCCGCCCAUGCGGCGUGCCCCGGGCUCUCGCUGGUCAGCACACAGCCCCGGCGGCCACAGCCGGAGCAGAAGCCAUGUUCCCUGCAGCGGCAGCAGGCCACGGCCUCGGAGAAGCCCUGGGACGCCAAGGGCUCCGAGGGCCGGCUGAGGAAGUGUGAGAGCACUGACUCGGGCUACCUGUCCCGCUCGGACAGCGCCGAGCAGCCGCCGCCCCUCUCCAGCCCCCUGCACAGCCUGUCUGAGCACAGCACUGAAUCCGAGGGAGAGGGAGCCCCGGGCCUGGGGCCUGGGGGGCCCAAGACGGAGCCCGGAGUGCCAGGGGCCAGCCUGGAGCUAGAGAAGAAGCGCCUGGAGGAGCGGAUCACGCAGCUCAUCUCCCGCAACCAGGCCCUGGUGGACGACCCCCAGCUGGACCACGUGCGGCCCCGCAAGACCGUCCUGUCCAAGCAGGGCAGCAUCGACCUGCCCACGCCCUACACCUUCAAGGGCUCCUUCCACUUCGACAUCCGGGCGCUGGAGCCCGGCCGCAGGAGAGCCGCCCUUGGCCCGGCCCGCUUCACCCUCACCUCGCUGGACAAGUCACGGCCCCUCCUCUUCCACUCCGUCCCCACGCAGCUCUCCACCACUGUGGAAUGCGUCCCUGUCACCAGGAGCAACUCCCUGCCUCUCGUGGAGGGUUCGAGGACUUGGCCAGAGCCCGCCGACCCCCAGGACGCCUGCCCCAGCACACUGAGCCCUGGGAGCCCCAGGCCCACCCCAGCACGCCUGGGCUACCAUGCGGGGCUGACGCUGGCGGACAUCCCCGGUGGGCACCCCCGGGCUCUGGUCAGACAGGCUGCCGUGGAGGACCUGCCCUGUACGCCCGCUGGCGACACCCCGGGCCCUGAAGAGGACACAGCUGGAAAGAGAACGGCCCCGGGAGAGGGAACAGCCAGUAAGGGCAGAGCGGCCGGUAGGAGGGGCAGCCAGAGGAGGCUGGAGAUGUUUUCCCAGGAGAAGUGGCAGGUGUAUGGGCACGAGACCUUCAAAAGACUGUACCAGAAAAUGAAGAGCAGCCGCCACGGAGGCCAGAGAGCUCGGGAGGGGAAAGGGGCCGGCACGGCAGCACCGGACCUUCCUCUGCCCCGGGAGGAGGCUGCAGCCCAGUCCCAAGACAGGAAGAGCCCCAUCCCUGGGCACGUUUCCAUGGGUGCCAAGCAGGGGCCCUGGGCAAGUGGGCCGGCCCCAGACAACGCCCUGGGGUCCAAGCCCCCGAAGCAGAGGGAGGAGGCGGCUGGAGCGGGAGGCAGUGAGCAGUGCAGGGCGCCCAGAGCCGGGUCACCCCCUACCCUCAGCAGCACAGCCCCGCCCUGCCUGGGCAGUAGGAGCCCCCUGUUCCCUCCCAACGGGAGGCUGGAACCAGGGCAGCAGCCACCCCUAGUGCCUGGCCCCCUCCAACAAGGUGACCUGGAGACCUCCAGACCGGUUUUGCCAGACCUCAAGCCGGACGGGGGUGCCUGCAGUGGUGGGGGUGUGGAGGAGACAGGUCCCUGGGCCCAUGCAGUCCUGAGACGGCCCAGCCGUGGCUCUGGGGAGCCGCAGCUCCCCUCAGAGAGGAAGAAGCCAAAGGUGGAGGGGCCAGGCAGCCUGGGGACCCUGGCGGCGGAGACCCCGGGUGCCCCUGCAGGAGCUACCUCCCCACGGUCCCAGAAGCAGGACGGGGACCUCGGGGGGACCCCAGGGAAGCCACACGGGAGUGCCGGGCGGGUGGGUGAGGCCCCGGAGUCCCCUGGCACCUCCUCGGCUGCCCCUCCUGCUGCACCCAGGGACGAGGAGUCCCCCCUGCGAGCUGCAGUCGGGGCCCCUGGGCCUCGCCCCAUGGCAGCCCCCCAGCCCCGGGCCGCGGUACACAAUGCCUUCCCCCCCAAGUACCUCCUCCGGCUACCUCAGCGAGAGACACCCGUGCCACUGCCUGGCGCCCAGGGGCCCCUGCAGGGCCGGGACCCCGUCUGCAGGAUUGCAGGGCCCAAGGAGCUGGCGUCCGUCGUUGGUCCUCCCCUGACUCCCAGCCCAGCUGCAGGCCCAACCCCGGGUGAGGCAGGUGGCAUCUCAGAGGACCCCCGCUGGUGCAGGCCGCGUGCCGGGAGGAAGGAGGAGCAGGGGGGAGAGCAGGAGGGAGCCAGGACACACGCUGGCGUCCCUGCAGCCAAGCAGUCUCCCGAGGCAGCGCCAGGCACCUCCGGGGUGACAGCCACCUGCGCGUCCUCCUGUGCCCAAGCCGUGGAGGGCGAGACCCUCGCCACCCACCAGCCCUGUCCCUCGGUGAGCACCAAGCCCUCCGGGAGUGACCCAGAUCAAGGGGCUCCCGCCCCGGGGCUGGGAGGGCCUCCUGGGACCUCCCCAGAGGCGGCUCCUCUCGGGCCCCCCGCAGAGCCCAAACUCCACUGCCCCUUGCAGCCCAGCUCCUUCCCCACAGUCCCAGGCUGGCCCGAGCUGGCCUUGUCUCCUCACUCAGGGACCCCCAGGAGUUCCGGGGCAUACAGCCCCUUCCCCUCCCUGAGGGCGGAGCCCCGGCUCACGUGGUGUUGCUUGAGCCGCAGCGUGCUGCUGCCCGUGGAGCAGGAGAAGAGCUCCUCUGUGUACUUGGCUUUGCACUUCCCGGGAGGUGGCCCCCAGGAUGAGGGUCCUGACCCCCCAUCUGUGGGCGGGGUGAUGGCCCAGCACCCGGCGUCUGAGCCAGAACAGAAGAAGGGACCGCCUCAGCGGAGGACAAGGAUGUGGCGUGGAAACAGCAAGCAGAAAAAGCUGAGGAUCAACCCCAAGAGCAAUUGGGAGGACCCCCCCUCUUCCCAGCCCAUGCCCCUCAUCGCCGGCCAGGGCGGCAUGUCCCUGCUAACGCCACAGCACUGA